UCUGAGUGUUGCUACUGUGGAUUUGCAGAUCUUCUGUACAAAGAUCACAACAGCGACCAGAAAGUCAGCAUCACCACUUACUCUCCAGUCGGUGUUGCCAUCACUUCAUCUGGAACUAAGAAAGGUGACAUACUGUUGGGAGAUGUAGCUUUUCAAUCGAGGCAAAAGAACAUCACUACUGAUUUGAGAAUUUGCACAGAUUCUACUGUUCUGAUCACUGCCACGGUUGAUGAGGCUGCACCUGGACUGAAGUCAAUUUUCAGCUUCAGGGCCCCUGACCAAAAUUCCGGCAAGAUUGAGCUGCAGUACCUUCAUGACUAUGCCGGUAUCAGCACGAGCAUGGGAUUGACUCAAAACCCAACUGUCAACUUCUCUGGUGUGAUUGGCACCAAUGUUGCGGCUCUUGGUACUGAUGUCUCAUUCGACACCAAAUCCGGCAACUUCACCAAGAUCAACGCUGGGCUAAGUUUCACCAAGGAUGAUUUGAUUGCCUCUCUUACCUUGAACGACAAGGGGGAUUCGAUGAACUUGUCAUACUACCACAUUGUGAACCCUCUGUUCAACACGGCGGUGGGAGCGGAAGUGAGCUACAAGUUGUCAAGCAAGGUCAACACCAUAACCGUGGGAACACAGCAUUCGCUCGACCCAAUGACCUCGGUGAAGGCACGUGUGAACAGCGCGGGAAUAGCGAGUGCGCUCAUCCAACACGAGUGGAGACCCAAGUCCUUCUUGACAAUCUCAGGUGAAGUCGACACUAAGGCCAUUGAGAAGAAAGCCAAGGUUGGAUUGGCUCUCGCUCUCAAGCCUUGA